GGAAAUGGUGAUGCUUGAGAUCGAGGUUAUGAACCAGCUCAACCACCGCAAUCUGAUCCAGCUCUACGCAGCCAUCGAGACCCCACAUGACAUCAUCCUGUUCUUGGAGUACAUCGAGGGCGGCGAGCUCUUCGAGAGGAUCGUGGACGAGGACUACCAGCUGACCGAGGUGGACACCAUGGUGUUUGUCAGGCAGAUCUGCGAUGGGAUCCUCUUCAUGCACGAGAUGCAGGUUCUGCACCUGGACCUCAAGCCAGAGAACAUCCUGUGUGUCAACAACACCGGCCAUUUGGUGAAGAUCAUUGACUUCGGCUUGGCACGGAGGUAUAACCCCAAGGAGAAGAUGAAGGUGAAUUUUGGGACCCCAGAGUUCCUGUCUCCUGAGGUGGUGAAUUACGACCAAAUCUCCGACAAGACAGACAUGUGGAGUAUGGGGGUCAUCACCUACAUGCUGCUGAGCGGCCUCUCCCCCUUCCUGGGAGAUGAUGACACAGAGACCCUAAACAAUGUCCUAGCUGCCAACUGGUACUUUGAUGAGGAGACCUUCGAGGCUGUGUCUGAUGAGGCCAAAGACUUUGUCUCCCACCUCAUCGUCAAGGAACAGGGGGCCCGCAUGAGCACUGCCCAGUGCCUCGCCCACCCCUGGCUCAACAACCUGGCAGAGAAAGCCAAGCGCUGUAAUCGACGCCUCAAGUCCCAGAUCUUGCUUAAGAAAUACCUCAUGAAGAGACGCUGGAAGAAAAACUUCAUUGCUGUCAGCGCUGCCAAUCGCGUCAAGAAGAUCAGCAGCUCAAGGGCUCUGAUGGCUCUGGGGGGUCUGAGCCCCAGAAGCGGCGGAGGCCUGGAUGCAGCUCCACGGUGGCCGGGGCUGAGGCCUCACAGCCCAGAAGGCCAGGGCAGAGGGCCAACCCCAGGGUGGGCUGGGCAGGACAAGGCUGCGCCAGGCCGGGAGGCUCGGGGCUCCCCACGCCCCCACACGGCGACCGCUGCCCCGAUGAGAGCUGCCUCGGAUGUGGCCUGGAUGCAUCCUGCUGACGCCUCCCCAGACGGGCUCCGGCCCAUCGGCCGCCGCCCAGAUGCCACAGGCCCCUUGUUCCUUCCCUGGCUCCCCCUUUGGAACUGUUGCCUGGUGACCCUGCUUGGCCCCGCCCGGGCAUCCCUGGCCUGAGCUUGCUCUGAGCUGAAGUGGGCGGGCUGGGGUCCCAGCGUGUGGGGCUCCCGCGGUUGUGGGUGGGAGGCUCUUGGUGGGGCAGGAAGGCAACCAAGUGGAGCCCUGAGGCCAGCUGCCGGGAGACAGAGCCGGCUUUGUGAAAGAGGAUCUUCACGCCACGCCUGCCUCCCUACACCCAACAGAUAAGGCCCAGCGCACACCAUCCGGCCGGCUCCAGCUCCCACCCACCUUCCUUGCCGACCACCAACACACAGGAACUCUGAGUGAGAGAGAGGGCGCCCAGCCCAGGCCUGGCGGAGGGGGCAGGGAGGGGCCUGGGGGACACCGAAGACCACCCCCGAACUUGCCUGAGGGCCUCGCUGGCUCAACCCAGCCACUGUGGGCCCCCAUCCCUGCCACGUGGGCCUCAGAUGAUGGAGUCAGCAGGCCCCGGAGGAUGGAGUGCAAAGACCGUGGGCAGCCCCCAACCUGCUCUCAGCUUGUGCCUUGUAAAUUAAUG